AUGGCAGUGGAGAUGAUGGUCCAGAUGAUCGAAGUACAAGAGCAACUAAUUUACGUAAUUGUAACGAUACGUUUGGAGUACCUUGCCACAAGGUAUGACCUUUGGAUUCUUGUCCAAACGCAAAAGGUAGAAAUAGCCUUGCAGCUAUUUCUGUGUUCACCAAGGUGGAGAAUAGAUUCCCGGAAGGUUUGUAACACAGAGGAUGAGCCAUGCCUUCGAGCCCACAAAAGUGCCUGGUGGUCUGUUUUACCACACACUCCCGAUGCUGAGGAAUCCUCGAGUUACGAUAAGGCGAUUGGCGAUGGAAAUGAGUUUCUGAAGUGUACAAAUUGUUAUCCCGCGUGUACAGACACUCACUAUUAUCUGCAAAUGCAAGCAACUCCACUCGAGCGCGGAAAUCGAUAUCAUACUGAAUUAUUACCUCAUUCCCAAACGAGAGAUCAAAGCAUUUUGCAUAUUUAUUUCAAAAAAUUUGGAAGUGUCCGACUGAAACAGGAUAUGGGUUACUACUGGUAUGAGCUGAUUAGCGAUAUUGGCGGAACGUGUGGGGUUUUCGUCGGUUUCAGUCUUCUCAGUAUUAUUGAAUUCCUGUACUUCAUCUUGAGAUGCGUCUUGGUCCCCCGGAGUCAGGGCGAGAGAUUGAAGACACCGAAAUCAAAAGAUCAAUUGAGAAGUAAUGUUAUGACUGUUGACGGUGGACUCUAUUGGAAUGAAAUAAUGAACCAUCCUGAGAUCUAUUUCGCGGGGCGAAAGUCCCGAAAGCGAAUAGGAAGAUAUUAA